GGCGGAACGCCAGCCGGCGGGCGCGUAUAAAAGCACGCAGCCUACCGCACGUGCUUCGAGCCCGGGUCCUCGCCCAGCACAGGAAUCACCACCGUCUGCGCCGCUUCGGAACGAAAGCAGCAGCCAUGGCCUCUUCCUCCUCGGUGGCAAACGUGGCGGGCUGCGGCCUGUUGCUGUUGCUGCUGUGUGGUCUCGCGGCCUCGUCUCUGAUUGAGAAGCGCACCCGGUUCUGCGGACCGUACCUGGUGGAAACGCUGGAUGCCCUGUGCGGCGGCGAGUUCUUCGACCCUUCCCAGAAGAGGCACGCCGGCCGCCAACAAAUGACGUUGCAGCCCAUGUGGCUCCCGUGGGUGAUGGAGCCACGGUUGGGUUUCCUGGACGCCAAGACGGCUCUGCAGCUGUUGCGGCCCGCCGCCCACCGCCAGGUGCGGGGCAUCAUCGAGGAGUGCUGUCACAAGAGCUGCUCCGUCGCGGAGAUGAUGUCCUACUGCGGACGGGACAGGCCUACCAGCACGAACGAAUAAUGCAGAGGAUGUACUCACGAAACUAUGCCGCAACCGUUUGCCUAACUGACGCGCGCGAACAUUUCGGGUGAGAAAUGUGGGUUCUGUUGCGGCGUCGCGAGUGCCCAAUUACGCAGUGCAAGUCUUUCUUGUAUCAGAGAACGUCGUCAAUAAAGCCAUUGCAAAUUUCCGGUCGUAA